GGGUUGGCAGGUCUGUCUACGGAUCUGUCAGUCGGACGGGCGCAAGUUCGUGCGCGCGUUUUUUUUUUCAAAUUCGCUCGCCGUUUCGAGAUGUCCGUAAUUCCAACCACCGCGAGGACGUACGCGAACGCGCUCGUCGGCAAGCCCGAGGAGUUCUUCGACUACGACGCGUUCGCGCCCCAAUCCGAAACCGGCGAGAACUACUGCGUGAUGCAGAAAUUGGGACGGGGCAAGUACAGCGAGGUUUUCGAGGGGGUGCAUCUGCCGUCCAAGCAGCGGUGCGUCCUGAAGAUCUUGAAACCCGUCAAGGGGAGGAAGAUCAAGCGCGAGAUCAAAAUUUUGGAGUUUCUACGAGGGGGGACGAACGUUAUAGCGCUGAGAGCGGUGGUGAGCGUUCAACUUCUGAAGAUGACGGCCUUGGUCUUUGAGUACGUCGGCAAAACCGACUUCAAGCAGAUUUACUUGACCAUUUCGGAGUACGAGACCAGGUUUUAUCUGCACGAGCUGUUGAAGGCGCUCGACUACUGUCACAGCAAGGGGAUAAUGCAUCGCGACGUCAAGCCCCACAAUAUCAUCGUCGACCGCGACCGCAAGAAGUUGAGGUUGAUCGACUGGGGAUUGGCAGAGUUUUACCACCCGGGCGAGGAGUACAACGUGCGAGUCGCGUCUCGCUACUUCAAGGGGCCCGAGCUGCUCGUCGACUACGGCUUCUACGACUACUCCUUGGACAUGUGGUCGGUCGGAUGCAUGUUCGCCUCCAUGAUUUUCCGUCGGGAGCCCUUCUUCCACGGCACCGACAAUGUCGACCAACUAAUACGCAUCGUCAAGGUGCUCGGCACCACCGACUUCUACAAUUACCUGACGAAGUACAACAUCAAGCUCGACCUGAAGCUGCGCGACAUCAUUCACGUAAACGGCCGAAAGACCUGGGACCGAUUCGUCACGAGCGAAAACGAGUAUCUCGUCAACGACGACGCGUUCAAUCUCCUCGAGUCCUUCCUCCGCUACGAUCACAUGUCGCGAAUUACGGCCAAGGAGGCCUUGCAGCACAAGUACUUCCAGCGGCUGGCGCACUACAACGUCGCCUCGGCGAACUCGAAGGAAGACUCGCAUGUCGGCGAGCUCGAGGAGCUCGACGUCACAUACUAUACUCAUCUGUGAUUUUCGUACACGUUUUGGGGAUGUUAAAUAAAUUUCUACUGUCACUAGCACAAAAAUAUACGAAAGUUUUAUGCUCUCCUAAUACCAAUGUUACCGACCAGCACCUUUCACCAAUUUCUCUUUUAAAAAUGGUUAUAUUAAAAGCACAAUAGCUUUAUACUCACCUAAUACUCU